AUGAUUGAAGAACUGAACAAUUUAAACUCCACCAUUAAAUUUACUUUGACGUACAGCCCAGAUAAAAUCCAAUUCUUGGAUGUGGAGAUAUUCCGGAAGGAUCGAAACAUUGGACAUCGAUUAUUUAGAAAACCCUCAGACCGCAACACGCUGCUACACGCCAACAGCGCUCAUCCCAAAGCCCUAAAGGAGUCUUUACCUAUUUCGCAAUACUUAAGAGUGUACAGGAAUAACUCGGAGGAAAGCACAUGUAAAACUCAACUAGAGGACAUGACCAGAUCCUUUGUGGAACGAGGAUACACAUAUAAAGUGCUCCAAGAAU